AAGAGCUGGGUGGAUCACAUGGGGCAAGGCACAGGGCAGGCGAAGAGGCUAACAUGGGGAAGAUCAUCUUCUAUGAGGACAAGAACUUCACUGGGCACCACUUUGAGUGCUCCAAUGACUGCGAAGACCUGCUGCACAAACUCGCCCGCUGCAGCUCCAUCAAGGUUCAGAACGGCUGCUUCAUGGUCUACGAGAAACCCAACUACACUGGAAACCAGUACUACCUGAGGAGAGGAGAGUAUCCUGACUUCCAUCACUGGACGGGUGUCAACGACCCGGUCAGCUCCUGUCGCUACAUCACCAUGGAGCCCAGUUGUUUCAACAUGCGUUUUUAUGGGCGGAUCGAGUUUGGUGGCCAGAUGAUGGACCUGAUGGACGACUGUCCCAGCGUCAUGGACCGCUUCCACACAAAUGACAUCUUUUCCUGCAAUGUGAAAGAAGGCAACUGGCUCUUCUAUGAGCACCCGAAUUACCACGGCAGAAUGUAUUUGAUUAGGCCUGGAGAGUACACGAGGUUCAGCGAGUGGGGUGGCAGGAGCGCCAGGGUUGGCUCCAUCAAACGCAUCAUGGAAAUAACCAUGGGGAAGAUCAUAUUUUACGAGGACAGAAACUUCCAGGGGCACUCUCACGAGUGCGUCAGUGACUGCGCCGACCUUCACACCUACUUCAACAGAUGCAACUCCAUCAGGGUGGAGAGCGGCUGCUUCAUGGUGUACGAGAGGCCCAACUACAUGGGUAACCAGUACUACCUGAGCAGAGGGGACUAUUCUGACAACCAGCGUGCCAUCGGCAUCGGCGACUGUGUCAGAUCUUGCCGCAUGAUUCCCCAGUAUAAAGGUUCCUACAGAUUGAGGCUUUAUGAGAACUUCGACAUGUCCGGUCAGAUGCACGAGCUGGAUGACGACUGUCCAAACCUCCAGGACAAGCUCAACAUGUCCGACUUCAACUCCAGCAACGUGGUGGAUGGCCACUGGCUGCUGUACGAACAGCCCAACUACAAGGGCAGGGUGCACUACCUGAGGCCCGGCGAGUACCGCAGAUACAGCGACUGGGGGGGCGUCAGCCCCAGGGUCGGCUCCAUUAGAAGAAUCGAAGACCUCAACUAAAGUUGAUGCAUAUUUCCCAAAAGUUGAACUGUGUGUCUCUACAAUAAACACUGACUCAUUAUCAAAA